AUGGCUGCUGUUACUUCUGCAUCGGGGAUUUUGACCUUGCUGGAUGAAGAAGAAAUUGCGCUAAAAACCUAUGCACUCGAACAGCUCGACAAGUUGGUCUACGAAUUCUGGGCUGAAGUGGCUGAUGGAAUCUCAAAAAUCGAGGUCAUGUAUGAAGAUGAAUCCUUACCGGCGACCACAAGAUCGCUGGCUGCCUUGGUCGCCUCGAAAGUCUAUUAUCACCUGGGAGACAUCAACGAAUCUUUGCAGUUUGCACUCGGAGCUGGUGACAGGUUUGAUGUCGAAAGAGUCGGCACUCUUGGUACCGACGGGGAAUUUGUAGAGACUGUUGUUUCCGAAUGCAUUGAUGCCUAUGUCGCCCUGUUUACUGCCCACGAGAGUGGAAGCCCUUCAUCCGACAUAUUACCCCCGGUCCAAGUCGACAAACGAAUGUCGAGUAUAGUCGAGAGGAUGUUUACUCGUUGUGUCAAUGCGGGAGAGUAUCGUCAGGCACUCGGUAUCGCACUGGAAAGUCGUCGAUUGGAUAUCAUCGAAUCAAUCGCCUCCCAUCACAGUUCAAAAGAGAAUGACCUUUUGGGGUAUCUCUUGGAAGCUAGUCUCACCUCGAUCACUCGCAUCUCAUUCCGGAACGAUCUCCUGCGCCUUUUGGUCCGUCUCCUCGGUUCUCAAGACGGUGGACCAGAUUACUUCAGCAUCACUCAAUGCUACGUAUAUCUCGACGACCCUCAACCAGCCAGCGAGCUCCUCAACCAGCUCCUCUCCGAUGAAAAACAAUCCGAGAAGCUCUUAAUUGCACUACAGAUCUGUUUCGAUCUGGCAGAAACGGCCACUCAAGAGUUUCUAGAGGUCAUCAGGACCAAGUUGGUCGGAGCACCUCAGCAAAAUUCGAGCCCCAAGACAGAACGAGAUAUGGCGGUUGAUGCUGGUGAAGCAUCUAACAAGCCAAAUUCCAACCCCCACAUCGAGCAAGCCCGCCGGAUUUUAAGUGGCGAAGAAACUAUCAAGCUUUACCUCGAAUUUCUCUACCGAAACAACCACGCCGACCUCCUCAUCCUCAAACGGACGAAAGACGCGCUCGAUGCCCGCAGCUCGCUUUACCACAAUGCCGUUAGCUUUGCAAAUGCAUUUGCGAAUGCGGGAACAACCUCAGAUAAAUUUCUUCGCGACAACCUGGAUUGGUUAAGCAAAGCAAGCAACUGGAGCAAGUUUUCUGCUACCGCUAGUCUCGGUGUCAUUCAUCGCGGCAAUCUCACUCAAGGCAUGGAAAUUUUACAGCCGUACUUACCCUCGCAGCAAGGCGGACCAGGCUCGAGUUUUUAUAGUGAGGGUGGUAGUCUGUUUGCUCUUGGACUCAUCAAUGCUAACCAUGGUGGAGGCACUGUGUUGAAUUACAUCAGUGGUGUGAUGAAAAACACCACUAGUGACAUUAUUGAGCAUGGAGCCGCGCUUGGGCUUGGUGUAGCUGGCAUGUCAUCCGGUAACGAAGAGAUCUACGAUGAUCUUCGAGACGUUUUAUAUCAUGACUCUGCAAUUGCUGGUGAAGCCGCUGGAUAUGCGAUGGGUCUUAUAAUGCUCGGCAGUGGCUCAUCGAAAGCUUUGGAUGAGAUGUUACAAUAUGCUCACGAAACUCAACACGAAAAGAUUAUACGCGGCUUGGCAGUUGGGAUCAGUCUGCUGUUUUAUGGGAAAGAGCAGGCUGCAGAUGGAAUAAUCGAAAUUCUGACUUCUGAUAAGGAUCCCAUCCUCCGUUAUGGCGGUAUUUAUACAAUUGCGAUGGCCUACGCUGGUACAGGAGACAACAAGGCGAUCAGACGUCUGCUGCAUGUCGCGGUAUCAGACGUCAACGAUGACGUCAGAAGGGCCGCGGUCACUUCACUUGGAUUUUUACUCUUCCGAAACCCUAGCCAAGUCCCUCGGGUGGUCCAACUUUUGAGUGAAAGUUACAACCCCAACGUGCGUUAUGGCGCCGCUCUUGCACUCGGGAUAGCAUGUGCCGGUACUGGAAUGGAGGAAGCUAUAAGUUUGCUGGAGCCGAUGACUAAAGACACCGUCGAUUAUGUGAAACAAGGGGCCUGCAUUGCCCUUGCAAUGAUCCUUAUCCAACAAAACGAGGUGCUCAAUCCCAAGGCUUCAGUAGUUCGAAAAAUCUUCGAGAAGAUUAUAUCAGAUAAACACGAGGACGCGAUGGCCAAGUUUGGUGCAACAUUGGCUCAAGGUAUCAUUGAUGCUGGCGGUCGUAAUGUGACUGUAUCAAUGAGGAGCAAAAAUGGAAGUAACAACAUGACGGCGAUCGUAGGAAUGGCCCUGUUCAAUCAAUUCUGGUACUGGUUUCCUAUGGCCCAUUCAUUGGCGUUGGCAUUCACCCCAACUGCCAUAAUCGGAGUCGAUCAAAAUUUACAGAUGCCCAAAUUCGAUUUCCAUUCGAACGCUCGACCAUCACUGUUUGCCUAUCAGCCUGCAACUGCCCCUCCUACCGCAGAAAAAGUGGAAAAAGUCGCGACCGCUGUUCUGUCAACUACUGCUAAAGUAAAGGCACGAGAGAAAACCAAAAAGGAAAAAUUAAAUGCAGAAGAUAUGGAAGUGACUCCGGCACCUGAAAGUCCAACAGCACAUCAAGCAAGUGAUGCAAUGAAGAUCGACGAUGGCCCGGGAGCAGACUCGACAAAGAUGGACGUAUCGAAGACAGAGAACGGAGCGACUAAAUCGUCAAAGCGGAGAAAGGACGAUGGUUCGAUUGACAAGCUCUCGAAUCUCUCUAGGGUCACAGCCACUCAGCUGCCAUACAUCACCUUCCCCGAUGAUUCACGAUACGUCCCGGUGAGACCUUUGCUAGCAUCGUCGGCGACCCAGAAGAGCCACCACAAGGUAGGAUUGACCGGCAGCUCGACCAGCGUGGCACAUGCGAUUCUGAGCCAGGCCGACUCGAUCGCGACCGGCGCUGGAGGUGGCAUAUUAGUAAUGAGAGACCGUAAACCGGACGAGCCUGCUGAAUUCUUGGAAAUGAGCUCUUUGAAAAACGCGGCCACUAAUCCUAGCGCGGCUGCCGCUAAUCCAGCUGGCUCGAAUAAUAACGCAGCUGCCGAAAGCGCUGCUGAUCCUGAUCGAGCUUUGCUAGAUGGUCCUAUUGCUGAUUUGCCUCCUUCAUUUGAAUACAAUUUUGAUUCGUGA